ACUCCAGAGCACAGGGCUCCGGCCCCUGACCAGAGUCCAGUGAUGGCUCCAGCCCCUGACCAGAUUCCAGUGAUGGCCCCAGCCCUUAUCCCUAGUUCUGUGCCUGCUCUCGUCCCCGAGUUCAGCCCAGUGCCCGCUCUUGUCCCUGAGCACAGCCCAGUGCCUGCUCUCAUCCCAAAGCUCAGCCUAGUAAACUUUCAACUGCCAGAAACCUCAAUUAACAGGGGAACCAAGUCAGAAUCUCCAGCAAUCAUGAGUGCUAGACCAGAGUCUCCUGAGGUCAUAGCCUACAGGCCAGUACCCAGUCAGAUUGUUCCCAGCCUGGAGGAUUCAGAAUCCCUUCUGUCACGGAUUGUUCUCCCGGUUACGACAGUAGCCAUACUGUGUGUUUGGGCCGCACACUGCCCUACCACUCGUAGCGAAGUAGAGGUGUUAGCUCCCAGUUUGCCUGUCUUCUGUGUCCUGGCCACAGCAGCCAACGGAAUCUCCUGUUCUCCUAUCUCCUGUCUGUCGAGACCAGCCCUCCAGACACCCGUCUCUCGGCCAGCCCUCCAGAUGCCCGUCUCUUAGCCAGCCCUUCAGACGUCCAUCUCUCAGCCAGCCCUCCAGACUCCCGUGACUCAGCCGGCCCUCCAGAUGCUCGUCACUCAGCUGAUCCUCCUCACGGUCCCGUCACAAUCCCCAGUCACCAGUCCAUUCACUAUCCUCUAUCAUAGUCACCAGUCCAUUCACUAUCCUCAGUCACCAGCCCAGUCCACUGGGAACUACAUUUCCCAGCAUCCCUUCUGGCCAACACCUGCACUCACUCAGCCAUCACCACACCUGCCAUAGAUGAUCUCAUCAAGCCCUGUAUAAGAGCAGUUACUCUCCACUUCCUGGUCUUGUCUGGUC